GUCCUUUGUCGAGAUACAAGACGGGAAGGAUGUCGGAGCCUGCGACGAAUCCUGCGGCGACAGCAUUCCCAGAGCCGACGAUAUCUUUGCCAUUGGGACUUCAAAUAUUGAGGACGUACUCCGGUGCUCUGAUCUGCUUGGAAAUUAUAUUUGGAGGGUUAGUAUGGAUCCUGGUGGCCUCCUCCAACGUGCCCGUGCCCCUGCUACAGGGCUGGGUGAUGUUUGUCUCUGUCAGCACGUUCUUCUGUUCCAGCGUGUACCUCCUCCUCUUCCUCCUGGGCUUGGCUGACAGAAUCAACACUGACUGGAACCUGAUGGAUGUGCUGUACCACUUCACAGCACUGCUGUUCUACUUCAGUGCCUUGGUGCUGGAGGCUGCUGUUACGGCAGCCAGAGGGGUCAUCAGUAGCACCAACAGCUCCAUACCAGGAUGUGUAACAGCCCCUAGUGGAAAUAUACUCACCUUCCUGGACAACAGACAAUACAGUAUUAACGUGGCAGCUACGAUAUUUGCCUUUGUGGUGACACUCUGCUACGCCUGCAGCAUGUUCAUGGGCUUCAGGAGGUGGCAGAUGUGAUGUGACACGGAAGAAAGAAAACACACCAUUUACGUUUUUCAGUUCAAACUCCUACCAUGCUGUCAAGACAUUGUCACGUUGUCUGUUUAUUACAUGUGUACAACAUUAUUUUUUAAAGAGAACUACUGCAUAAUGAUAUUUGCAUCAAGUUUAUAUUUGUUGCUAUGAGAUCAAGACUUUGUUGUAUCUGUCAUGUAAUAACAGCAGACCAGGCGUUAUGACUAAGCUACCCGAUGUUGUAGUUCACAUAUUAGUGCUUGGUUGCUGAGGCCAUGUUUAACUGUGUGAUCAAUAGUGUAGAUUUUAUUUAUUAGUGUUUGAUUCCCUGUAAAAUAAAUUAAACUCUGGAUCAGAAGGGACCUAUAACUGAUUAAAUAACAAUAAGGUGACUUUAUAUUUUCCCCUUGUAGAAUGUCUAACUUUUUCUAUAGCAACAUGGAAAACUAUGUUAAACAUACUACAUAGGAAAAAUAUCAUAAAUCACUUAAUGACAUUGUGUGAAUACUUACUGGAAUACAUUUUUGAGUAUAUUUUGUGAUUUCUGAAAAGCAUUUUUACAAAUAAAUAACUUUUGUUAUCUUGUCGAUA